UUUUCUCGUUCUUUCAACGGAAUUGAAUAAUGUCAUCGGUUUCUUUGCAGUCUGCGCCCUGAUUAUACCAUAAUAUUACUCGUAUUACAGACGAUUUGGGCUUUGUAAUUAUCGAUGAUCUUUUUUGACAAGAACGAUUAAUAGUGACGUAGUCGUUAAUUUCGUUAUUUUAGUAACACCUAUGAUGCACCAGUUGUGAGUUUAUGCGUUGCAGGGUUAUUUUCCCGCGGAUUGCGUCGGGUUUUCGUCAAAAAAUUUCGGCGUGCCGUUGGGUAACGGUGCAAACGCUUCCGUCAUCAUCCGGUUCUGGCCACAAGUGCUACAGUACUCUGUUGUUCAAUAUCAAUAAUGCUCGGAUCGCGACAACACCAUUGCCAACACAUUACACAGGCCUCUUAAGUUCAUCACCCGUCGUCCAGCAGCAACAGGAGACUGCUGCUCCUACGUCCGAACGGCUUAAUCAACCAAGAAGGUCCGAGUUUCGGGCCGAUUCCCACACACCCAGGUGAGAUCACCGAGAAGCAGCGUUCCACAAGGACCGGAUCGUGAGUGUCAGUAAUUCGCGUCAGAGAAAAAAGAGCCACUGCACUCCCGUUGCACUUUUUCCAUCCAUAACGUAACAUCCAAACAACUGCGAAAAUGACGCUCAUUAACAUCGACAGAAGCAAUCCCGACCAGUUUUGUCGUUACAAGAUGCCACGACUUGUCGCCAAGGUGGAGCGAUGUCGAAACAAAAAAGACCGGAAAACUAUCGUUGUAAACUUGAAAGAAAUCGCUGCAUCCUUAAAUAGACCAGCAGCCUAUCCACUGGAAUACUUUGGCUGUGAAUUGGGCGCCCAGGCCAUGAUCGACUCGAAGAACGAUCGCUACAUCGUCAAAGGCGCACAUGACGCGCACCGCCUACAAGAAGUGCUUGAUGGGUUUAUCACGAAAUUCGUCUUGUGUCAGAACUGCAAUAAUCCCACGACCGCGUUGCAAGUAUACCCGAAAAAGAACACGAUCGAAAAAAAAUGCACGGCUUGCGGCAACAGUUGUAUUGUGGAUAUGAAGCACAAACUGACGUCCUACAUCCUGAAUAAUCCGCCAAAAUUGGAACUAAGAAAAAUACCAGGGUUAAAAAGAGUAAACGGAGUUGGUGUGGAAGUUCCCGCGGAAAGUGUAGACGAGUAUCUGAGAAUGUCGUUCGAACUCGGGCCACAGCCUGAGAUUAUUAUGGGGCCUACAUUUUGCGAUUUUUUUGCUGCGCUUUGGCGUAUUGUUAGAUUGCCUGUUAUCAUUGUUGUGAUUGUCUUUAUUGUCCAUAAAUGUUGUGAAUAAAUGCUACAAUAGGGCCACGAGGUUUCGAGUCUUGUGUCGUUAUUUAUGCGUCACAUCGGA